CUGGACUGCUCUCCGAAUGUUGGACUAAUUCAGAACCUUCUAGAUCUCUGUAUUUGACUUUACGAAUAUGCUCAGAUAUACGUCGUUCAUAUGAACAUGUUUCUCCAACAUAGAUAUCCCCACAUUCGCACGGUAUCCCAUAAAAAAUAGAUCUCAAAACAAAAUGAGCCAUUUUGUAAAGAAUUCAAUUAUCUGUUCACUGGUAUGUUUUUAAAAUUUUUUGAACAAAAUGUCUGAGUCAGAAAAUUGAAAUUAAAAUCUUUAUAUAGAAAAUUAAUUUUUUCUCCAAAACAUAAGUCAGAUUCGUGAUCAGCAUGAAAAUUUGCGUCUAGUGGUGUGCCCCUAUCGAUUUUCUAAUGAAAAAAGCUCAAAAAAAACUUGAUCAAAGAAGUAUCACAUUAUGUGGACAAGCCGAUCAGUGCCAGAAAAUGUUUCAAGUUUCGCACCAGUGUACACCCGUGCCAAACAAAGAAUAUCACUCCACACUGAUGCGCACCAGUACCGUACAAUUAUCGAUAAAAACUUUUUUUUAGUGUUUUCUUUCGUAUGACAAGAAUGAAGUCCUAUCUAAUCCCAAAACAGAAAACCAAAGCACUCUCUUUUGUUUUCGGAUACAAAUGGACUUAACAGCACAAUCUCCUUUGCAUUUACGCGGUUAAUAUUUUUCAAUCAAUGAAACUUCAUCUUGUGUCUCUAUCAAGGAUUGUGUAGAAUGAAUGAAUUGUGAAAGAAUGAAUCAUCUAUUCUCCUCCAGCAUUCAACCAAUAAGCUUCGAGGAUAAGCUAGCGGAGAGCUCUCCUCUACCUUCUCUUCUAACUUAUCUUAACCCAUCAGCAUACGGAAGGGCUAGCGCUUCUUUAAACAAAGAUAGCUGUGUUGGAUUAAAUAGCGGGAAGUAUAUUACGGACUGUCCAACCUCGAGACGACUAAUCAUAUUAACAGUAAUACAGAAGUAUCGGAGCGGAAAUCUCGACGGAAUUAAGAUAAAAUGUCUUACUAACGACCCAAAAAAACAAACCACAAUCCUUUUCGCAGACGUUAGCUGUCGCUUUAAAUCACUAAGGGCACACAAUACAAAAGAGACCGGUAAGAGUUACAGGAUACUUAUGAUCAUCUAUCAGAAAAACGCUCUGUCCUCAGGGAUACAUGAAGGAUCACUAAAAAGCAUUCUUCCUUGUCAUGCUCUAAUUCUAGACCCCUUUAUCUCUUAUUUAGAAUCCCAUUAUUGCACACUAGUGUUGCCUAGAACGGCAGCCAGGUCUUUGCGGCAAAUUCUUCAUUUAACAAAAGUAUCCGAUUUGCGGCAAAUGCAAACUUUCCAAUACUCGGUUGUGCAUAACCUUUUGCUAGAGGGUUAGCAUCAUGAUUUCAAGUUGAAUACCUUUUUAAAAGUAAUUACAUAUUCUGAAAGUCUGUGAAAUUUUCUAUCACUCUGUAUAAUUAGGUUUCAGUUUAAACCUAUUAAUCACCAAAAUAAAUUGAGUGCAAUGAAGGCACCCUCAUCACCAGAUUCCCGAGAACAUGAUUUUCUUAUUGUCAUCAAAAUUAGUUUUUUAAGUUUUCUAUCACUAUAGAAUGACCUUUUUGAAAAAGCAAUUAUAGAUUCUGAUAGAGCUUGAAAUUCUCUAUGUUCCUGUAUAUUUGUUAACUAUCUUGCAUCUAUAUCAUGUUCUUGAGAAUCUGAUGAUGAGGGUGCCUUAAUUGCACUCAAUUUAUUUUGGUGAUUAAUAGGUUUAAACUGAAACCUAAUUAUACAGAGUGAUAGAAAAUUUCACAGACUUUCAGAAUAUGUAAUUACUUUUAAAAAAGUGUAUCUUUAUAGUAGAAAUAUGUUCAAAAUACCGAGUUAAAUACGAUUUAAUUCUAUAUCAAAAUACCGGAUUUAAUUCUGUAUCUAAAUUUUAAAACUGUAACCUUAUCUAUCACAAUGAUGACUGUAGCCCUAGAUUCAGUUUUUUACGGCCAUUAAUUUGAUAUAAAAUUCAUUAGGUAUUCAACUUGAAAUCAUGAUGCUAACCCUUUAGCAAAAGAUUAUGCACAACCCGGUAUAUGUAAGUUACUCGAGCUGAUCGAAAAUACAUCAAACCAGUUUUUGUCCAACAAUAUUUUAUGAAAUAUUCAUUAUUCUCUAAAUAUUCUACAUAUUUUUUAAAUAGUGAAUCACAAUCUGAGUCAAAUCAUCUAUUUGAAUGGAUAAAAGAAGAAUAUCAACGAAAUGGUCGCAUUGAAUGUCUGAUGAAUCCAGCAAAAUUCUACUCAAUUGAACAGAGUUACAUUAAUUUAGCUAUCGUCGAAAUUAAAAAACAACAAGAAAAAGAAAAAGAACUUCGAGAUGCUUCCAAAGUUGAUGCUUCCAACGUAGAUGCGCUUAUGGGAAGUUUUGAAGAGAUUUAUGGCACAAAAACUAUCAUUGAUAUCAAAAACAUUUUUGAAACAUGCAAAAAUCAACAAAAUCAAGUGCUGGUGUUUGGACGUGCUGGAAUCGGCAAAUCGACAUUUUGUCGAUAUAUUGCUUAUCAAUGGGCGAUGGGUUCAUAUUGGACACAAUAUCAGUUAUUGGCUUUGAUUCCAUGA